AGUGAAGAAAAAAUGAGGUAGAUUUUCUGCAAGUUUCAAGAUCUUAACCAAUACAGAUUUGGGGAAAUCUAAUUCUAGACUAUGAUUUUUAUCACCCUAUUAUGUUGAAAACCUGUUUCGUUUUAAGUUAAUUCCUUUUUCACGAUUAAGAAAAAAGAUCGAUAAGAGGACAACGGCGAUCAACAAUGCUUUGACUUUUCAGAAAAUCAAACAGUGAUCAGGUUCCACCUCUCUGAGAGGAUGAACUUUAAUCAUAUUAUAAAUGAAUGUCAACCACUAAAGUAUCUGCAAUCAUAUUGUAGUAUCUGGGAGCAUGACCGCACAACAAACACAUAAUUAAUACACAUCACGACGUGCACAUUACUACUAUUCAAGGCAAAACUCCUACGUGCUUGCAUAUAUGAUAUUCUAACAAUUGCUUUGACAAUUAUAGGAUUUCGUAAGAUAGAUUUGAUAUAAAACUAGAUAUGCCGACUUUUCCAAUACAUUAGUGAAUAUUUAGAAAAAUAUAUACGAAGUAACACCGUAAAUUUUAAAUGGGAAAAUAACUUGAACGAGUGAAGUGAUACCCCUUUAUUUAUAAUCUUUAUUUAUAAAGAUUCAUAACCAAAGCGUCAACUUAUGUUAAAGUGUCGGAAAAAAUAAAAAGCAUUUUGUCGCUGUUUUUUACUGUUUAGGAUAGACCAAUGCAGACAGAAAUCAACACAAUAUUCAAAGUGAUUAUACGUACACAACCAUCCAUUUGGUAGGGUAUAUAUUCUGUUUUUUUUAUAUAAGAAUUUUUAAAAAUCUUUUUUGUCUUUAAUAUAGUAUAAGACACUCUAAAGUUUUAGGAAUAUUUAUUAUUUUUUCACAUGUUUAUCUUUUAUUGUUGAACUUUUCUAAAUUCUUAACAGUUAAUAUAAUACUAGAAUUUGACUUUAAUUAGAAGUAAAUUAGAUGCUGUAAUUAAUUUUGUGAAAAUUACUAUACUAACCUCUUUCAAUAAUUUUUCUCAAUACACGUGAUUUAAUCAAAAGGUUCUAACAAAAAAGACUUGAAGGAGUAAUGAUUUUUUUUAUUAAAAACUAUAUAAUUUAAUAUAAUUCAAUGCAUUGAUAUUAUUAAAUGCUAUAAAUUUUUAAAACAUAAUAUUUAUUAAUUUGUUUACAUGCUUUUUACACAUAUUAAAAAUACGAAUAACGUAUAUGUUAAUCCUAUUUAAAAACCUGAAAUUCUAUAUUUAACAGAAUUCACAUAUAAUUUAUGGAAAAAAAUAAAUGUUGAUUCAAAAAUUAAAAUAUUCUACUAAUACUAUUUGUAUUGUAACUGGCUUUGAAACUGAUUUAGUAAGCUGUUGACAUUAGUUCUAAUUCAGCUACAAUAUCCAUUAAACUUGUGUAACAUGUGUGUAAUUCAAUUAGUUCUGAAAAUCCCCUGAAAUCUUUUCUUCUUGUCUCUGAUCUAUUCCUUCUCAUUGCUCAAUCUAAUCUGAUACUUUUAGUUGCUCUUUUAACAUACAGUUAGCUUUGAGAGAGACUAACUUAGAGCUGAAAAAGUAUCGCUGCCACAUGGUGAUCUCUUUGAAUGCUUUGUAGAUAACUUUUACAAGUUUUGUACAUGAUCCUGAUUUAUGAAGAGGUGAUUGUUGACCCCAUCAUGGAGAGGAUGAAUGUUAAUUGCAUUAUGAAUAUCAACCACUAAAAUAUUACAAUAUGUUUCCCAAUGCACAUCUCGACGUGCAUAUUAUUAUUUAAUCAAGGAAAAUUGCCACGUGCUUGCAUGAUAAAGUAUUAGGUGAGAAAAUGAUGAUUAAUUUUCCCUCUACUAUAUAAAGUUCAGAAGUAAUGGAUCCUCAUUCCUCAAACUAUUAUCACCCACAAAAUGGCUGUGUCUAUAUCCAGAAAAAGAUUGAAAUCAUCUAGAAAACUAGACGCUAGAAAAUCUUACUUUGGCUUUACAAUCCUAUACAACUUUUUCAGUCGAGUUUCUGCUCUAGUCUUCCUUAUAAUCCUUAUCUACAUGUGGUCUUCCUUCUCCACCAUUAUAUCAGGAAACAUCAUUCAUGUUUGCUUUUCCACGAGAAAGCUCAAUAGCCUCUAUUGUCUAUCUGCAGGUACUCACCCCUCCUUUGAAAUCCCAACUUCAACAAACAAUAAUAGCUCUAUUACUCCUGGAAUUGAGGGUAACAAUGUAACUGAGCCUAGUAAAGUUCAAGGCACCCCAUAUAUGGUUACAAGAAGAGUAGAUAACAAUGAUAGAGAUAAAGAGGUUGCAAAUGCUGUUAAGGUCGUUGAGGAACAGUUGCAGAUUCAUCGAUCAUGGAGGUCAGAUAAAAACUAUGCAACUUGUGCUGGUCAAGGAAUAUAUGUGUAUGAUUUGCCAUUCAAGUUUAACAAGGACUUGGUGGGUCAAUGCCACGACAUGGUUCCAUGGCAAGAUUUCUGCAGCUAUUUCAGUAACGAGGGGUUGGGAGAGCCAAUAACCAAGCUUGGUAAAGGAUGGUAUCGAACUCAUCAGUACUCACUCGAACUCAUAUUUCAUUCGAGGGUCUUGAAGCAUCCAUGCAGGGUUUAUGAUGAAAAUGAUGCAAAGCUCUUCUAUGUCCCAUUCUAUGGUGGUUUGGAUAUCUUGCGAUGGCAUUUCAAGAAUGUGUCAAAUGAUGUCAAGGACAGUUUGGCUUUGGAAUUGGUGAAGUGGCUUGAGAGACAAGGACCAUGGAAAAGGAGUUCAGGUAAGGAUCAUGUGUUUGUGUUGGGAAAGAUUUCAUGGGAUUUUCGGAGAACUAGUGAAUCUCCUUGGGGUACUAGAUUAUUAGAGUAUGAGAAAAUGCAAAAACCCAUUAAGCUCUUGAUCGAACGCCAACCUUGGCACGUGAAUGACAUUGGAAUUCCUCAUCCAACUCAUUUCCACCCUCAUUCAGACAAUGAUAUAAUAGCUUGGCAAAUGAAAAUCAUUAGAUCAAAUCGCAAAAACCUUGUUAGUUUUGCUGGGGCAGCUCGAGCUGAUGCAGAAGACAACAUAAGGUCAAUAAUAAUUGACCAAUGCACUUCAUUGGGUAAUGGCAAAUGCCAGUUUCUGAAUUGCAGUUCUGUCAAAUGUGAUGAGGCAGAAUCAAUUAUAGGACUUUUUGUGGAGUCUGAGUUCUGUUUGCAGCCUCCAGGGGAUAGCCCAACAAGAAAAUCUGUUUUUGAUUCACUCAUAUCAGGUUGCAUCCCAGUUCUUUUUGACCCUUUUACAGCUUACUACCAAUAUCCCUGGCAUUUACCUCAAGACCAUGAUAAGUACUCUGUGUUUAUGGACAAAAGAGAGGUGAUACAAAUGAAUGUAAACGUAGUGGAGAGGCUAAGCAAUAUUUCAUCAAGAGAGAGGGAAAAUAUGAGGAGGUAUAUUAUAUAUGAACUAUUGCCUGGCUUGGUAUAUGGAGAUUACAACGCUGAGUUUGACAAGUUUCAGGAUGCAUUUUCUAUCACUGUGAAUAAUCUGCUUGAGAGGGUUAGCAGAUUAAAUGAAGCAUAUAAGGAUUGA